AUUGGCAAGGUGAGCAAGAUGGGCGGGGUUUGGCUUGCGCUGGUUGGAAGAGCCGCGAUUUUGAGGGUUCGGUGGAAUCUGCUGUAGAUUGAAGGAUAAUCAGAAUGCAGACUCCAGUAGCUCUUCUGGCUUCACCAGCUCUGCUCCGCUGUUGUUCUCGAAUUCUAACUAGGCCAGUUUCCCUGUCUUUAUUGAGCAGGCCUGAGACUCAAACUGUGCAGCCUUUUGGCUUUUCCACUCAUCAGCUGGCUAAUCGGGAAAUCCAAACCAGCUCUGUCUCCCGUGAUAUUGAUACAGCUGCUAAGUUCAUUGGUGCUGGUGCUGCUACGGUGGGAGUAGCUGGUUCAGGAGCUGGGAUUGGAACAGUGUUUGGCAGUUUAAUCAUUGGUUAUGCCAGGAACCCAUCCCUCAAGCAGCAAUUGUUUUCUUAUGCUAUCCUAGGUUUUGCCCUUUCGGAAGCCAUGGGGCUCUUCUGUUUGAUGGUGGCAUUCUUGAUUCUGUUUGCCAUGUAAAAAGCCUCUGCUGUCCUCUGUUUAAGCCUGCUUCUCUCACUGAAGUGUUAGAAAUAUAAACAAACUUUAAAUAAAUAUAAUUCAAGUUUUCUGGGGGGUUUGUCAUUAUUUUUUAUGAUUCACAUAGAAACAGGGAAACAUAGAAAACUGAUGACAGAAAAUGACCUAAUGCUUAAUUGAUUCUGCCCUUUGAGUUUUUAAUUUUUUAAAAAAAAAUCGUCAGGUGAUGGACAUACGUUUAUCCCAAGCAUAUUUCAACUCAGUUAUUGAUGAUUGACCUAUUAUCUCCACUGGAAGUCGUUCCAAGUUUCCACUAUUUUUAGAUUUAUGCUUGAAUAAUU